AUGACCGAGGAACCCGUGACCAAAAAAAAAAGAGUCGAGGGCCGCGAUGGGGUGCGUCCGUCACCUACAGCCGAUGAGCCUGGCAUGCCGAGAAGUACGCUGUAUAUCAGCAACCUGAACGACCAAGUUAAGAUUAGCACAUUGAGGACAAACCUUUACUUGCUGUUUUCUACGUUUGGCGAGGUGCUGAGAAUAGCGAUGAGUCCGAAGUUGCGAGGGCAGGCAUUCGUGGUGCUCAGCACAGUGGACGAGGCCAACCUGGCAAUGAUCUCAUUGAAGGACGAAUCCUUUUUUGGCAAACCGCUGCGGAUCCAAUUCAGCAAAUCCGAUAUGAAGGAGGUCUGA